AUUCAAUUCUCCAUUUUUCAGUUAGGGCGAGCAAUUCUUUUCCUUUUUAAUGUUUUUGAUGAUGGCUUCCACGACUGUCACGUGGUCGCCGAGCUCUCCCCAGCUUCGUCUGGCUAUGCGUUGCAGGAUUUCCUUGGACUCACCUGCGGUUCUCGUUGGGGCGCCCGCGAUGAAGCUCACUUCUCAUCGUCGUCUUCGCUUGCUGUCUGUUGCACGAUGCAGGAGGGAGGGGCUGAAACGGCGUCGUAAUGGUGCUUCGCCGAUUGUGGCGGACUCCACAGGUGGGACUGCGGCGGAUUUCUUUUCCGGAUGGUCCGAUGCGGAGCAUGUUGAAGAUCCCGUUCACUUUAAAAGGAACGAAUGGUUUGGAGGAAUUAUAGGUGCCGGAACAGCUGGACUUGUUCUGGUAGCAGGGCUUUCCUUUGCAGCAAUGGCCCUUUGUAAUCAGAGCACUUCCGGGCCAAAACUGCAGUUGGAACCAUUAACAGCUCAACAAGAAGUUCUGUUGGCCUCUGAUACUGAGAGUGGUGAGUUUGAAAAGAAUGAGAACGAGAAAGGCAUAUAUAAGGAUCUUUUGUCACCUUCAGAAUUUAAUGGCACUUUUAAUGAUAAUAAACUUGAACACGAUAAUGAGUCCCACUUAAUAGACACAUCUAAUGGCAACGGUGCCACUAACACUGCUCCAAUUCAAGAAGACUUGGAAAAUGUUUCAGCUUUGGAUAGACUGCCAAUUGGCAUGGACAAAACUCCAAUAUCACCUAAAUUGCCUGAAUCUGAAGUUGUUCGUGGCUCUUUUGCUGCUCCAAUCCCUAGAGAAUCAGAUGGCAAUCUUGAUAUUGGUUCACCUGAGGCAACUUCUAACUUGUCUGACCGAAUAAACCUAGACAAUGAUAUCGAUGAAGGAAAGCUUGGAUCAGAAGGAAAAGGGAAUUGCGAUAUCUCAGUGGAUUCUUCUUCUAGUUCUAGUUCAGCCAAUGAGCCUGUGACUGUGAACUUCUCAGUUAGUCCAGAUUUAGAACCAGUUUUAGAAACUCAGUCUGUACCCAUAGACAUUCUGAAAACGAUAGAAUCACCUCCAACUGAAGGAAACCUUGAGAGUAGGAAAAUGUUGCAGUUUUCUGUUGAAAUGAAGAAUUCAUCUCUAGAAAUGAAGAAUUUUAAUGAGAUUGAGUCUUCUGAAAAAAAUUCUGUGUCAGCACCAGCACAUCCCAAAAAUAAGCAAAGCAAAAAUGAUUAUAAAGAGAGAAAUGAUAGCAUACCAGUUUUUGGAUCUCCAAAUCCUAGGAGUUACUUCUCUCCUUCUGGUAUACCUGCUCCAUCUGUAGUUUCUGCAGCUCUACAGGUGCAUCCAGGAAAGGUUUUGGUUCCUGCAGUAGUUGAUCAGGUUCAGGGUCAGGCACUUGCAGCCCUUCAAGUUCUGAAGGUUAUUGAGGCUGAAGCUCAACCUAGUGAUCUAUGUACACGUCGUGAGUAUGCUCGGUGGUUAGUGACUGCAACUAGUGUUCUGUCAAGGAAUACAACAUCAAAAGUUUAUCCUGCAAUGUAUAUCGAGAAUGUUACUGAAGUUGCAUUUGAUGAUGUCACACCUGAAGACCCUGAUUUUCCAUCCAUUCAAGGCUUAGCGGAGGCCGGACUUAUCUCAAGCAAGCUUUCAAAUAAAGAUCUGUUUAACGAUGAUCUAGGCCCAUUUUACUUCUCUCCUGAAAGUCCCCUUUCACGCCAGGAUCUUGUGAGCUGGAAAAUGGCCCUGGAGAAAAGACAGCUUCCAGAAGCUGACAGAAAGAUCCACUACCAAAUUUCUGGUUUUAUAGACAUUGAUAAGAUAAAUCCAGAUGCAUGGCCUGCGCUUGUGGCUGAUUUGUCUGCUGGAGAACAAGGAAUAAUAGCACUUGCUUUUGGUUUUACUAGACUGUUCCAGCCAAAUAAGCCUGUGACAAAAGCACAAGUUGCUGUCGCUCUUGCAACUGGUGAAGCUUCUGACAUGGUAAGUGAGGAACUUGCACGUAUUGAAGCAGACUCUGCGGCAGAAAAUGCAGUAUCUGCUCAUAAUGCUUUAGUUGCUGAAGUUGAGAAGGAUAUUAAUGCUAGUUUUGAGAAAGAACUUUUAAUCGAAAGGGAAAAGAUCGAUGCUGUGGAAAAGAUGGCAGAAGGGGCAAAGCAUGAACUGGAAAGGUUAAGAGCUGAAAGAGAGGCAGAGAAUAUUGCCUUAAUGAAGGACCGUGCUUCGAUUGAUUCAGAAAUGGAAAUUCUCUCUAGGUUAAGGCUUGAAGUGGAGGAGCAGUUGGAAAGCCUGAUGAAUAACAAGGUAGAGAUAUCAUACAAGAAGGAAAGGAUUAAUAAAUUACAAAAAGAAACAGAGGCUGAAAGCCAGGAGAUUGUCAGGUUGCAGCAUGAGCUCGAGGUGGAGAGAAAAGCCUUAUGUAUGGCCAGGGCUUGGGCUGAGGAUGAAGCAAAAAGAGCAAGAGAACAGGCAAAAGCCUUGGAGGAGGCUAGAGACCGCUGGGAGAGGCAUGGCAUCAAAGUGGUUGUUGAUAAAGACUUGCACGAAGAGACUGUCACAGGUUUUACAUGGGUAAAUGUAGGGAAGCAAGUUGAAGCCGAAGGAACCAUCACCAGGAGUGAAGCUUUGGUGAGCAAGCUCGAGGCAUUGGCAAGUGAAGUAAAAGGGAAAUCUAGAGUGUUUAUCAAUAAGAUUAUUCAAAGGAUCCAUUAUUUGAUCUCAGUGUUGAAGGAGUGGGCCUCCAAGGCAUGUACCAAGGCUGAAGAAUUGAAAGACAUGACCGUGUCAAAUGCAAGGGAAUCAGUGCAUGAAUUGCAGCAAAGCACAGCGGAAUUUCGCUCGGCCCUUAAAGAAGGUGCAAAACGGGUGGCUGGAGAUUGUCGAGGAGAAGUCGAGAAAUUCACUCGGAGGUUCAGAACAUAGCCCACCGUUGCCCAUGAUUUAAGUUUCGCCUUUCCUGGGAAUAGGAAUAAACAAAUUUUGCAGUUAAGAAGCAUGUAAUUUCUCUCAUUUCUGACCAAUUUACUUUAUAAUGUACCCUGUCAUCCU